UCUUUGGACCCUGCACGGAUGCUGAAAACAGAGGAAGUACAGAGAAGAUGCUCAGAGGUCUGAUAACCGGGAGCUUGAUCACACCCCACAUUGCAUCGCAGAGCUCAUAUUAGAUAUUGGAAUGAGUAGAAACACUUCAUAAAAGGUGAACAAAGCAAAGUAAGAAUGGGCAGAAAAUACAGAAUGCUCCUGCAGCUGCUCAGCGUUGCUGCUUUUCUUGCCUGUGCCCAUUGUCAGUGUCAGCCAGGCUGGAGGGAGAAUGAGAAUAAAUGUUACUACUUUUCAACUGAUACAAAGUCAUGGCUGGAGGCUCAGGCCUUCUGUUUGGAGCAGAACAGCAACCUUAUGAGCAUUCAAGACAUCCAUGAGAGGCUGUGGAUAAGGACACAAGUCAACGCAGAGAUCUACUGGUUUGGCCUGAAUGAUCAAAUAGUGGAGGGUGUUUAUGAGUGGGCGGAUGGGGAUCCCUUCAUAGAAUACCUAUCAUACUGGGCACCAGGUCAGCCUGAUAAUUGGGGGGCUGAACCAGGAGAGGACUGUGGUCAGAUUUUGGGAGGUAGCAACGGACAUUGGAACGAUGAGAACUGCAACAUCAAGAGGAAAUACAUCUGCAAGCAUGUAAACGCAAACCCUGGCCCUCGGUGUGACUUAAACAACGGCUGGAGACAAUAUGGCUCCAACUGCUACAAGCUGAAUGCAGAAACCAGGAAGAGUUGGUCUGACGCUAGAGAUGACUGUGUGCAGCAAGGAGGAGACCUGGUGUCCAUUACCUCAGCAGCAGAAGAGCAGUACAUCACAGGAAUACUGGACCCGUCAUGGCUUGACCUCUGGAUCGGAUUUUCCACGCUGAAAUGCAACAAGAUUGGGUGUCAAGUUGAAGUUGCAAACAUCCAGUGGACUUGGUCUGAUGCUACAACAGGGACGUACACAAACUGGGCUGAUCAAGAACCUACUAUUGACCUCCAGGCAGGCUCAUGUGCUGCAAAAAUCAAAGAAGCAUCAGAUGAAUUUGGGAAAUGGAGAUCUCAUGUGUGCAGAUAUGAGCGUCCUUAUAUGUGCAAACGACCACUGAACACUAUUUGUCCUUCUGGCUGGUUGAGCUUCUCUGGCAGUUGUUACUGGGUGGUCAGUAAUAUCAAUCUGUUGACCACUUGGCAUGAUGCUCUCACAAAGUGCUCUGAUAUGGGGGCCCACUUGCUCAUCAUAAACAGUGAGGACGAGCAGUUCUACAUCAAUGGGCAACUUCCAGACUUUCACCAAGUGGACAUCCCUGAUAUCUGGCUUGGUUUAUCAGAUAAGGACCAGGACGGGCAGUUCAGAUGGAUUGAUAAAACUCCAAUCACUUUUUCCAACUAUGGUCUUGGUUGGCCCCACAACACUGCAAAUUUCUGGGACUGUGGACAAAUCUUUACAGGAAACUAUCAGGGCAAAUGGGAAACAACCAACUGCUUCAAGAAACUGGGUUACAUUUGUGAGAUGACAGGUGGCCAGAACCCCAAACCAACUGCAACACCUGAUUCCCACUGUGACACCGGAUAUUUGCUGUACGGAGACUUCUGCUAUCAGUUUGAGACUGAGAUUGUGAAAAACUGGCAGGAUGCUGAGGCUCACUGCGUUGGCGAGCAGGGUCACCUGGUCAGCGUGCACUCUGAGAUGGAACUAAGUUUCAUAGUUGCUCACAUGCCAGGGCAGGCCUGGAUUGGUUUGAAUGAUAUCAACAUUGAAAACCAGUUUGUGUACAGUGAUGGAACUCCUGCAGACUUUCUCAUAUGGGGGCCCAACCAGCCCGACAACUGGCAGAACAAUGAGGACUGUGUGCACAUCAGAGGCACAGAACAAACUGAAGCUGGGAAAUUCAACGAUGAUUUCUGCACCGCCACACGGGAAUUCAUCUGCAAAAAAGCCAAGGGACAGGGACCUCCUCCCCAUCCACCAACAUCUGGACCAGGGUGGAAUACAAAAUGUGGUUCCUGGAUGGCAGACCCUUUUAACGACUACUGCUACCUCUUUAACUACCUGUCCAUGAGGACGUGGGCAGAGGCUCGUGCCGACUGUGUCAACCAGGGAGGAGACCUUGUCAGUAUCACAGAUCCCUUUGAACAGGCCUUCAUUCAAGGCGUGAUCCAGCUGAGUCCCACAGGGAUCUCUCUGUGGAUGGGCGGUCACGACUCUGUCACUGAAGGCGGCUGGGAAUGGAUGGAUGGGGCUCCUUUCAGAUACAUUCGCUGGAGUGCAGGUAACCCAGAUAACUAUAAUGGAGAAGACUGCCUGUCUAUAUACAUUAACGGCGGCUACUGGAAUGACGAUAACUGUGAAUACAAGAGAGGAUACAUCUGCAAACGGAGAGGAAACACUCCUGAGCCUCCUCCACCUCAUGAUGGUUACAUGACAGCUCUGGUGUGCGAGGACUCUACUGCUGUUCUUCACUGUCCACAGGAAAGUGUUAUUAACAUUAAGUCAGCUUUCUACGGGCGAAGGAGCGCUGACAUCUGUCGACCACUGGAUGGAUCAGCAGGAAGCUGCACAGUGGACGGCAUCCUUCCUUACUAUAGAAAGUUCUGUGACAACCAUCCCUUCUGCUUUGUGUUCGCCCCUGAUGUCGACCCCUGUCCUGAUGUUUCUAAAUAUAUUGAGAUCGUCUACUCCUGUGAACAAAAAGUGUGUCUGCACGGCCUGGGCGUGGAGGACGGGACCAUUUCAGACUCUCAGCUCUCUGCUUCCUCCUCCAUGGGCGGAUUCUCUGCCAACCUAGCACGCUUGAAUGGAAACUCGUGCUGGAGACCUUCUGGAAGUGUAACCUCAAGCUGGAUUCAGGUAAAUCUGGGUCAGACCAGAAAAGUAACAGGAAUAGUGAUCCUGGGCUGUCCUCAGUAUGAUUUCUGGGUCACCAAAUUUAAAAUCCAGCACAGCACAGAUGGCACAACUUGGACUGACUACACUGCUGACGGGGCGUUUUUCCCAGGAGCAACAGACAGAAACACUCCUGAAACUCAGCUGCUGGGUACACCCGUGUCAGCUCAGUAUGUACGCAUCCUCCCGCUGGAGUUCAGUGGUCAGCCAGGCCUUCGAUUUGAGGUCUUAGGAUGCACACCUGACUAUGCAAUCUCAUGCGCCAACUGGCCAAACUUCAACUUUGGCAAUGACAAAAUGACUGUGCACUGUCCAGCUCGCUGUGCCAAUUCCUAUUACAGUGUGUAUGGCACUUCAACAUACCGUGGGGAUUCAAACAUCUGUGCUGCAGCUAUCCAUGCUGGAGUGAUAUUAAACGAAAUUGGAGGAGAUUGUACUCUGCUGAAACAGGAAGGACAGGACUUUUAUCCCGGCUCCACUAGGAAUAGCAUCACCUCCAAACAAUAUGAUGGAAGCUAUGCAGUGUCCUACACUUUUGCUGAUGGAGAGCUGAGGUGUUCGGGACCUGAGUGGUAUGAGUUUGGAGAGUUCUGUUACAGACCAUUUGGAGACAAGAAGACAUGGAGUAAUGCUCAGAGCACAUGCAGGAGCCUGGGUGCUGAACUCGUAUCGAUUCGCUCGAUGACGGAGCAGAGCUGGCUGGAGAGCUACCUGUACAUGGCCGACAGUGAUGUUUGGACCGGUCUGAAUGAUCUGGUCGUUCCCGGUAUGUUCACCUGGUCAGACGAACACAUGGUGACAUUCACCUACUGGGCUCCAGGUGAACCAAACAACCACGGUGGGUUCAGUGAAGACUGUGUGGAGAUGUUAUACCAGACCGGCCGAUGGAACGACGUGUCCUGUACCGAACUCAACACCUACAUAUGCAAAAUGCCCAAAGCUCAUUACCCAGUGCCCUCUGUGAAACCCACAGUGUACGGCUGCCCUCAGGGCUGGGAUGCUUACGGCUAUGCCUGCUACUGGUUGGAGGAGACCGCCAGGAGCUGGUCUGAAGCUAAGGACUUUUGCACAGAGCAGGACGGCUUCCUGCUGCAUAUUGGAGACAUUUACGAGCAGUCACAUUUCACAGUGGCGCUGGCAGGAAGGACUGGGAUGUGGUGGAUCGGCCUGCGUGCUCGUGGACAAGGUGAAGGAGUGGACUACGUCUGGGACAACGAUUUACCUCUGACCUUUACUCACUGGGACAGAGAACAGCCAGACAACGGGGAUGGUACAUGUGUGGCGAUGACAACCGGUGCUGUUGGAGGUUUCUGGGAUGAUAAACAAUGCUCAGAGAAAUACUCCUUUAUCUGUGAGAAACCCAGGCCUGAUAUCACCCCACCCCCAAAACCCCCGACUCCUCCUCCUGCACAGGGCUGUGCUGAGAGCUGGACGGCUCUGCCUCACUUCAGAAACUGUUACAAGCUGUUCCACAAUGUGAAAUGGUCCGAUAAGAAGAGCUGGGGAGCCGCAAACGAGGACUGCGUCUCCAGAGGAGCUGACCUCGCCAGCAUCCACAAUCAGGAGGAGGAAGAGUUCCUGGCUCUAUACAGCAAAGGCACCAGCAAGUGGAUCGGCCUCAAACACAACCCUGCAGAGGGAGGCUACUCCUGGAGCGACGGUACGCCGCUGUCCCACACCAACUGGGGUCCCGGGGAGCCAAACAACCACGAGGGCCGUGAGGAGUGUGUGGAGAUGGUGAGCAGCACCAAUGGGACGUAUGCGUGGUGGAAUGAUCUCAACUGUGAUGCUCACCAGGACUGGAUCUGUAGGAUCAUGAAAGGAAAGACGCCCAUCCUGCCCCCAGUUCCCCCUCCUCCUGUUCCAGCUCCUGACUGUGGCUCAAACCCUGGCUGGAGAAAGAACAAUAACAUCUGCUACUACCACAACGACACCGAUAUGGUGGACUUCCACACGGCCAUGAGGCGCUGCUACGCUGAGAAGGCUUCACUCGUCUCGAUCCUCAACAAAGAUGAGCAGGCUUAUGUUAACAGCAUGGUAGGGACAGGAGAGGCUGCUGUAGCUUGGAUUGGAAUGAGGAUGUUUGGCAUUGCAAGUGGACAAUACGGGUGGGUGGACUUCUCCCCAGUGAUAUACACACACUGGGGUCCAGGUGAGCCCAACAACGCCAAUGGAGAAGAGCAGUGUGUGCAGAUGAACAGACAUCAAGGUGGAUGGAACGAUGCCAACUGUGGUCGAGCAGGUGCAGGUUACGUCUGCAAGAAGUACCCCGGAGAUGUCCACACCCCUCCUCCACCCACACAGCCCUGGGAGGGCUACUGCCCUGCAGGUUGGAUUCAGUUCAACAACAAGUGCUUCAUGUUCAAAGGAAAGAAAGGUGAAAUGAAAGCUAACUGGUCUGAUGCUCGGAGCUGGUGCAAAGAGCAAGGAGGAGAGCUGGCAAUUAUUGAUAGCCAGUACGAGAACGACUUUGUAGCAAGUUACCUGAGAGACCUGGAGCUCCCCACAUGGAUCGGAAUGUCAGAUCUGUUGUUGGAGAAUCAGUAUGCAUGGAGCGACGGGGUCAGUCCUGUGCUGUACACCAACUGGAAUGACAAAGAGCCCAACAACGCAGGAGGAACUGAGCACUGUGUAGCAAUGGCUCACAACUACCUGGUGAGCGGAAAGUGGAACGAUGACGCCUGCCAUAAGAAUCACAGCUUUGUUUGCUACAGGAAGAAAUCCAGCACCAUCAACCCUCCACCCCCGACAAAGAGCCCCUGCCCAGCCGGCUACAUCUCCUGGUACAACAACUGCUACAAGCUGGUGGAGGAGAAGGCAACCUGGGAUGCAGCUCAGGCAUCUUGCGCCCAGCAGGGAGGAAACCUGGCUAGCAUUGACAUGAGCUACGACCAGGCUUUUGUGGCAGGAGCAGUCCUGAAGGGAAGAGAGGACGCCUGGAUCGGACUCAGACGCCAGGAGGAUGGCUCCUACAAGUGGACGGAUGGCUGGCCAGUGUUUUUCACUCAGUGGGGACCAGGUGAGCCCAGCAUCAUAAAGGACGAGGGCUGUGUCAGCAUGCACGGUUCAAUCUUCUUCCAUGGGACCUGGAAUGACACCAAGUGUGACUUGGCUAAACCCUACAUUUGCAAGAUCUCCUCAGAGAAACCACCACCAACUCCGGCCCCUGGUGACGGGAAGUGUCUGCCGUUCUGGGCGCCUUAUGGUCGCUUCUGUUACUAUGUGUACAACGAGAAGCAGGGUUUCUCCUGGCCAGACUCUCGGCACUACUGUAAUUCUGCCAAGGCAGAGCUGGUGUCCAUUCACAGCAGAGCGGAGGUGGAGUUCAUCAGGAAACUCAACUACACUAAAAAUCACAACAUCUGGAUCGGCCUCACUAGAGACAACAACUUUGGCUGGGGCUGGACAGACAAGAUGUCUCUGGGCUUCCUGAACUGGGCUCAAGGUGAGCCAAAUGCAGCCUUUCACCCAGGAGAAGUGGCCACAGAGAACUGUGUGGAGAUGUACGCUGAUGGACGCUGGAAUGACAACAACUGUCUGCAGAAGAGAGGUUUUGCAUGCCGCCAUCGCAAAUACUUCACGACAGAUGAUGGUGGUAAUCCAGUUUUUCCCACCGAUGGUCCCGGUGGAAGCAAUGGAGGUGUUAUAGCCGGAGCAGUCAUUGCAGCCAUCGUGGUGUUCACUUUGAUUAUUGGACUGCUGUUCUAUGUGUUCAGUGUCAGGGGAUAUAAAAUGAGUAGCUUGAGCCUGCCAACUAGAGCAACCAGUCAUGUUGAUGUGCCUGCUUUCAAUAACCCCAACUUCGGAGGAGAAUCUGACACGUAAUUCAUGACUACAUUUUUGUACAGUUCUGAAAUGUGGUACAUUUUUUAAAGAAUCACAGCUAAUGUGGAUUUUUGGGCUCCAUUAGAUUAAUCUUUAUUGUACAUAUUGAGAUGCAAUGAUUGAAGUAAUAAAUAUUAAAGGUUGAAUUUCA